CCUUCUUUCUUCUUCUUUUCUUCUUUCCACAAUGUCAAUAUCACCAGAAUGACCUUCCAAGUGCCCCCAAAUGAUGCCAACACGGUCAGCGUGGCCAUGCAGGAAUGGCUCGAAUUCCAAGAGUUCAAAAAAUUCCAGGCGGCACAGCGAGCAAAACAGAGUUCACAGUCUACUCCCUCAGCUGAAGAGGUCACCAAAAAUCUGUCUAGCGUAAAUCUCAAUGGCUCCUCCGGUUCAGACGAACGCCAGCCUCACCCUCAAUCGCCCGCUCGAACCUCAGCUCCGGUCGAAACUGCUACGUCAGAUGGAGGCUGGGGGGAACCUACACCUGCUCCAGUACCCGCUUCCACCUCUGAGGACAACGCUGGAGGAUGGGGGGAACCUACACCUGCUCCGGUGCCCACUUCCACCUCUGAGGACAAUGCAGGAGGAUGGGGUGAACCAUCCACUAUCGAUCCUGCCGAAGCCCAUCCCACUGAACAGAAUCAGGUCCAUUCCCACUUGGCCCCAGAACCCGAGCCUGAGCAACCGAAAAAAAGCGCAUACGUACCAUGGGAAGGCGGUGUUGUCUAUUCACAACCCACCCCUAUGCUCGAACCCGUUGAACCCUUACCUCCGUUGGCUUUCCGCUCCCGACGAAACAAGCGGUCCUCCAAAAACGCAAGCAAAGCCAAGUCGGCUACCUCGGGCGAUGAAGAGAGGUCUGUCUCUGGUACCGAUCCUGGUGGCUGGGGUGAACCUGCCUCUGGUGGAUGGGGCGAACCUGCUUCCGCCUCCGCCCCUUCUGAAACAGGUUCGACUCCUGCUGGUAUUCACCCCUCGCGCCUGCGGAUGCUAGGUGGAGGCCCUGUCGUCGACCCGGUCCCUAGUGCCCCCUCUCGCGACUAUAGUCAGCCUUCGUCCCGUCGCGUGACCGGGGCCAACGCCUCUGUAGGCGGUGAUAAUGGCUGGGGUAACAGGCGACGUACUCCUUCUGCCACUGCCGAUAGUGAUACUCUUUCGCCCGCUGCAGCGUCUUUCACCUACCCACAACCUGAUGCUCGCCCUGCCCCCCCUUCCGGAUCUGCGCCUGCUGGUGGUGCCGCGGGUAUCCAUCCUGAUCGGCUGAGGAUGUUGGGAGGUGCACCUGCCGCCAGUAGCCCUCCAAUGGGUUUCGGUGGGUCCCGGGAACCACCUCCCCAUAUGCGAGGUGGAAUGAAUGAGUUUGGUGCGGUUGCAGGUGGCAAGCCAAAGGACAGCGGAUGGGGCUCGCGAGGUAAGAGAGGUCCUCCUGCUCAGGCUCCCGUGAGCAACGACGGUGGCAAUAGUGGGUGGGGUCAGACGGCGAACGCUAGUGGUGGUGGAUGGGGCAAUGAUGCGAGCAAUGGCGGGGCUCCGGGAGGAUGGUAAAGAUACAUAGCAUUAAAAAUGUAAAUGACGAUGUCAAGCACCUCUGGAACUGGUGGGUAUAGUAGAUUACGAAGCAUGCAAAAUGUGAAUGCAGG